AUGGGGAGGCCAUGGCUGCUUCGGCCAUCGUUGGCGGCGCUCAGCUUCUUGUGUCGGUCCAAGUCGGCUUUUUUCAACCCCGACAGGAACUGGGCCCUGAAUAAGAUCCUUCGCUGGGUGAUAUAUGACCAGUUCGCCGCGGGGACGAACGCAGCCGAGGUUGCGCGAAAGUCGCAGGAGCUGAAGCGCAUGGGCUUCCAGGGCAUCAUAUUGGGGUAUGCGAGGGAGUUUGUUCUAGAAGACCCCAGCGACGGCAACCGCUCCGCCACCGGGCAUCAUGGGGAGCAAGGGCAAGGGCUAGGGUAUCAGUAUUCGGCGGCGCAGUACGAGGUCAUCGACAACUGGAAAAAGGGAACGCUGGAGACGUUGCGCAUGAUUGGCGCGGGGGACUUUUUGGCCAUCAAGCUCACCGGUGCCGGACCCGUCGCGUUGGACGCCAUGCGGGCGAAGCAGCCCAUGCCCGAGGCCGUAGCCGACGCGAUGACAGAAAUCUGCGACGAGGCGAUCCGACAGGGAUCGCGCAUAUGGGUGGACGCGGAGCAGCAGGUGCUGCAGCAGGGGCUGGACGAAUGGGUCAUGGAGCUGAUGCGCCGGUACAACCACCGUCGUCGCGGCGGCGAGGCGCUCAUCUACAACACCAUCCAGGCGUAUCUCAAGGCUUCCCAGGCCAACGCCUGCCGGCACCUCCAGCUCGCGGCCGAGGAGGGCUGGACGCCCGGCAUCAAGCUCGUUCGCGGCGCGUACAUCGAGAACGAGGUCCGGUCGCUCAUCCACGACACCAAGGCGGAGACGGACCGGUCGUAUGACGCCAUCGUCGACAUGCUCCUGACGCAGAGGUGGCCACCGGAGAUGGAAGAGACGACGGCGAAGGCGAAGGCGUUCCCUCCCGUGGCGCUCUUCCUCGCCACGCACAACACGGAGAGCGCGACGAGGGCCCUGGCUACCCAUCGCGCGCGCGUCGCCGCGGGGCUUCCCACUGCGAAGUUGGAGUGCGGCCAGAUUCAAGGCAUGGCUGAUGAACUGAGCUGUCUCCUGCUCGAGAACUACGAGAGGUUCGUGCAGGGCGGCCACGGCGGUGGCUAUGAUGGCGAGGGCCGCCAAAGCAUCGUUACGCAGCAGCAGCAGCAGCAGCCGGCGCCGGGCGUGAUGAAGUGCCUGAGCUGGGGCUCCGUCUCGGAAUGCAUGGGCUAUCUCUAUCGUCGCGCUGUUGAGAACCGGGGCGCGGUGGAGCGCACGGAGCCGAUGCUCAAGGCGUUGAAGCAGGAGUUGCGUCGCAGAGUAUUCGGAUAG